ACUCAUCCGAUUCACUUACUACUUCCCGCCGUCUCGUUGCCAGAUUCAUUCAUCUUUCUUGCCCUUUCCGUAGGCGAUUUACUCCUUAAUUUAGAAAAAUGGCCCACCUCGUCGGAAGUUACAAACUCGUUUCCAGCGAAAACUUUGGAGAAUUUUUGAAGGAAAUCGGUGUGAACCUGAUGACCCGCAAACUGGCUGAGACUUCCAAGCCAACAGUGGAAAUUAAGCAGGAAGGUGACGAGUUUGUCAUCAAGACCAUCGCCUUCAAGAACUCUGAAAUCCGCUUCAAGCUGGGACAGGAGUUCGAAGAGAAGAGGUUGGACGGAAACACCGUGAAGACCGUCAUCACUCUCGAAGAUGGAAAACUAGUCCAGAAGCAGUUUGGAGAUAAGGAAGUUACCAUCGUUAGGGAAGUCGACGGAGACACCCUUAAAGUGGUGUGCACAUCAGGCAGUGUAGUAUCCACAAGAUUGUACAAGAAGGAGUGAAGAUCCUGAUCACCCCUUCAGUUGAAUCACCUCAUAAGACACACAAAAACUUCACCGAUCCAGUCACCUCUUCCCAAACCAUCGGGAAUUUUAAUCCAAAUCUUAACUAUCAUGUGUCCGGCCACGGUGAAUCAAUUGUAUCUAAUUCUCUGCAAUAUCGAUUUCUAAAACUGCUUCAUGUUUUGUGGUUGUCAAAUUUAUUGUGACUUAAACUAUAUGUAGCAAUUAUGAUAUAAAUAGUAGAAUUACAUUCUUUUGA